UUUUGAGAACCAUGAAACCUUCAUCUGUCUCUCUGCUCCUUGGUGUGCGUGUGCUGCUGCUGUCUGCACUUUUUGCAGCCUCUCUGGAUGUCAGGCCAAACCUUCAGCAGUUCUUCAAAGGAGACUCUGUUGUCUCUCUGAGUUGUGUUGAUGAUGGUCAGAGUGACAGAUGGACAGUGAAGAGGACCAGAGGAGGACACACUGAGGACUGUGGAGCAGCUGCAGACUUUAGGAGGGUUAAUAGUUCUGUCUGUGUUCUGGAUCUUUCCAUCUCAUCUGGUGGAAAUUUCUGGUGUGAAAACUCAUCUGGACAGAAGAGCGAUGAUAUCUCCAUCAGUGUUUCAGAAAAAGAAGUGAUCCUGGAGAUCCCAGCACUUCCUGUGAGGACAGGAAGUAAUGUCACACUGCACUGCAAAACCAGAAACAGUUCAGCAAGAAAAUCUUAUUUCUUCAGAGAUGGCGUCCGACUUGGAUAUGGACGUGAAGGAAAGUGGAUUCUCCUUAAUGUGCAGCCGUCUGAAGAAGGGCUCUACUGGUGCUCUACUGCUAUUCAUCAGUCUUCUCAAAGCAGACUAAGAGUCAGAGAUCCUCCUCCUCUUCCUCCUCACACCACCAUAACCUGCACUUCUCCUCCUUCAACUUCUGGUAAUACUGAUCCUCCAGCUGCCACCUCCCCUCCUCCUACUCCUCCUUCUCCUCCUUCUCCUCCCUCUGUGUCUGUACUCGGACUCUGCAUCCACCUGUUGGUGUUCUGUCCAUACGUCAUCUCUACCAUCCUGCUGUUUUUGAUCUGCUACAGCAGGAACUGAGGUGACAAACCUGCUGUAUCUAUGGAGACGGCCCAGCCUGCUGAACAGGAAGAUGAUGUGUGGUUUCUUCCAAGAGAACUGAAGCAGGACCACUUUGAAUGUUUUGGUGACUUUUCUGCAUUAAUCUGUGCGUUUUUUUUAAGGUUCAAGAUUACACUAAAAACAAGUAUAUUUAAGAAUUUGUUUGAUUUUCUACAUAUAAAAAUGCUUGGUUAAUAUAAAUGUAACUCAAUUUCAUUUUAUUUAUAUAGCACCAAAUCACAUUUAUAUAGCACUUUAUACUGUAAGUUAAAGCCUUUACAACAAUACAAAUGUAUUGUGUUUGUUAAAUGAUUUAAUCUUGUUGGUUGUAUUUGCAUUAAGGCAAAUUCAUAUCAGAGGUGUUGCUAGGAUCUUGAAACAUUGGGGGCCCAGAAAUCGAUGGAUUUUUCUCAAUAACA